CCCCCCCCCCCCCCCUCCGACUCUCGAACUCCAUUUUCCUUUUCCCUCCUCUCCCCCGCCGCAUCUCCGGGCGCCACUCGCGGCCCCGAUGUCUCAAUCUCAACACACAGAUAUUGCACGCUCCGCCAUCAUGACUUGCGCGUCGCUGCCUGAGCAUCAACGUGGCGCGUCGGCAAAACCCCACGGAUCGCACUCCAGCUCGGGAGCCGGGAGGGACGCCAAUCUUAUGCCUCCCCCGAAGACGCUGGUCGGACGAGCGCUAGGGAACGAGCUGCAUUCCGAUGUCCACAAGGGAUCCCAGGCGCCCAAGGAUGGUGUCGGCUUUGCCCUAACAGACACUCCGGUUUCUACCGCACCCUCGUCUCCACAAUUCACAGCGAAUACCACCCCUUCUACCCCCGGCCGAGUGCGCGCUACCACCCUUGAUAUUCCCGGUCUCACCAAGUCCAAGGUCUCGCCCGAUGGCCGUAUCGCCCAACGAGAUGUGGGGUCCAAGCUAGUCAUCGUCAUGGUCGGCCUUCCUGCCCGGGGAAAGAGUUACGUCACCAAGAAGUUGGCUCGGUAUCUGAACUGGCUGCAACAUGAUACAGAGAUCUUCAACGUCGGAGAGCGUCGCCGUGUUGCUGCCGGAAAGUCCCCCGCCGCCACCGCGAGUGUAUCGGACGGUGCCAUUACAUCGCCUCCCGAACUUGAGAGCACGCUCCCCCCUCCCGUGAUCCCUACGAAGAUCCUCGUCAACGGGAAAGAAAAAGAAUUUCAUGAGGACGACCCUGGGCAAAGUGAGAUUGUCCCACCGUUCAACGCCAGCCCGGAGGAGCAGCAGGCUGUCCAAGAAGCAUCCCCCGAGCCCAUCGACCAGUCCGCCAGCUUUUUCGACCCCAAAAACCAGCUGGCUGUGAAGCUCAGAGAGCAGGUGGCUUUGGAUACGUUGGAUGAACUGCUGGAUUACAUCCUCGAGCAAGGCGGCAGUGUCGGCAUUCUCGAUGCUACCAACAGUACCAUGGAGCGUCGCAAGGCGAUCGUUGAUCAUAUUCGCCGCCGUGCUGGCCCCGAACUCAACAUCUUGUUCUUGGAAAGCAGUUGUGUGGACCAAGAACUGCUGGAAUCCAACAUGCGCCUCAAGCUAUCGGGUCCCGACUACAAGGAUCAAGAUCCGGUCAAGGCGCUCGAGGAUUUCAAGCGACGUGUCAGCCUCUACGAAAAGUCGUAUGUCCCUCUGGGCGAAUAUGAAGAGAAGAACCGGAUGGCAUACAUCCAGAUGAUCGACGUUGGGCGCAAGAUGGUGUCCCACCAAACCCAUGGCUUCCUCUCCUCUCAGGUGGUCUACUACCUUUUGAACUUCAACCUAUCGCCUCGUCAGAUCUGGAUCACACGGCACGGUGAGAGCAAGGACAACCAGCUGGGUCGCAUUGGCGGCGACUCGGAACUCAGCGAGAAUGGCCAUCGGUACGCACGGGCGCUGAAUCGAUUCAUCGAUCACCAGCGACAGCAAUGGGAGCUGGUGCAGAGGCAAAAGGAAAUGCUGCGGCACUUGCCCCCUCGCCCUGGUGACAGCACGCCCCCGAACCCGUCGUGGAUCCCCGGCGGCCGACCCCGCAACUUCUGCGUCUGGUCCUCCAUGAUGCAACGUUCCGUGCAGACGGUCGACUACUUCAACGAAGACGACUACGAUGUGAAGCAGAUGAAGAUGCUCGAUGAGCUCUACGCGGGCGAGAUGGAAGGCUUGACUUACGAUGAAAUCUGCGACAAGUUCCCGAACGAGUACGCCUCCCGUCGCAAGAACAAGCUCUACUACCGCUACCCCGGACCUGGCGGCGAAGGGUACCUAGACGUGAUCAACCGGCUUCGCGCGGUGAUCAUUGAGGCGGAGCGGACGACCGACCAUGUUCUGAUGGUGACCCACCGGUCCGUGGCGCGCGUCCUGCUGGCGUACUUCCGUGGGCUGAAGCGCGACGAGGUGGCCUCCCUGGACGUGCCCCUGGGGAUGCUGUACAUGCUGGAACCCAAGCCGUACGGGGUGGAGUUUAAGGCGUACCGCUACAACACCAACACCGACUGGUUCGACUACAUCCCGGACUUCAAAUUGCAGCAGGCCCCUACCCACUAG